AUUUGGAGCUGCUCGCAACAUUUUCCACUCUGUUUCUUUGGCACAGCGUUUGCAUUAUCCACGGCAGCAUACUUUCCCAUGUUUUUUUUCUUUUUUUUCAAGCUACUUGUGACGUGUUCGUGGAGUUCCUGCCCUUGUUUCAUGCAGCUCAGUUUAGAGAGAGGCUGAAGGGGCUUUGGAGAGGCAGACAUAUAUUUGAGCCCUUAAAGGGGAAGGCGAAUCCAAGAUUUUUAAACAAGAGGAGUGUUUUUGUAUCCUUACAUGCAGGGGAUUGCCAAGCAGGACGUGGAGAAAGGCUGAGAGAAGGUGAAAUAGGAGAGAGAAGCUGUCUUGCUCUGUCGCCCUCGGGCAACGUUGAAUGAAAGGUUGCCGUUAAGGGGUCUGCCUGACACGAGAGGAGGAGCUGCAGCCCAGGGGGGGAACCUACACUUCAUCCUUCUUCAAGCAACUACCGCACAGUAUGAGGUACCAAGGCAAGGAGGUGGACAUUGAAGGAAGGGUGCGUUUGGUGAUGGAGAGCACCCUUACGGCCCGUGACAGGGUUGGUGUGCAGGACUUUCUCUUGCUGGAGAACCACAACAGUGAGGCAGCCUUUAUAGAGAACCUGCGGCGGCGCUUCGGAGAAAACCUCAUUUAUACAUACAUCGGAUCAGUGUUGGUGUCAGUCAACCCUUACAAAGAGCUGGAGAUUUACUCCAAGCCACAGAUGGAACGCUACAGAGGAGUCAGCUUCUAUGAAAUAUCACCUCACAUCUACGCGGUGUCAGACAACACCUACCGGGCCAUGAAGAUCACAUGGAGGGAUCAAUGUAUUCUUAUAUCAGGUGAGAGUGGCUCGGGAAAAACGGAAGCUUCCAAGAAGAUCCUCCUCUACUAUGCUGUUACCUGUCCCACUCAUGAUCACAUGACCACCCUUGGAGACCGCCUACUUCAGUCUAACCCUGUUCUGGAGGCAUUCGGCAAUGCAAAAACACUAAGGAAUGACAACUCUAGUCGGUUUGGAAAAUAUAUGGAUGUUCAGUUUGACUUCAAGGGAGCACCAGUUGGUGGCCACAUCCUUAAUUACCUGCUGGAGAAAUCUCGGGUAGUCCACCAAAAUCACGGAGAAAGAAACUUCCACAUCUUCUACCAGCUUCUAGAUGGUGGGAGCAAUGACCUGCUUCAGACGCUUGAUCUUGAACGAAACCCUCAGAACUACCAAUAUCUGGUUAAGGGAAGCUGUUCCAGAGUCAGCUCCGCGAGUGACAAGAAUAAUUGGAAAGUCGUGAUGAAUGCCCUGCCUGUUAUUGGCUUCACUGAGGAAGACAUACAGAAUGUGUUGAACAUCAUUGCCAGCAUUCUCCAUCUGGGAAACACUCAGUUUGGAGAAGGAGAGGAAGGCGAGGCGCACAUUACCACUGAGACGCCAUUAGCGAAUGUUGCAAAGCUGCUGGGUGUUGAUGCCUCAUCUUUGAGCAAUGCUCUUACUCACAAGAAGCUCAUCACCAAGGAGGAGGAGGUGAUCAUCCCACUGAAUUUUGAGCAGGCAAUGUCAGCCCGAGACGCCUUAGCCAAAGCCGUCUAUGGUCGUACUUUCACUUGGUUGGUGGAGAAGAUUAACCAAUCGCUUGCUCUGAAGGAUGACAUGUACCACAGCAAUAAAGCCUUCCCAGUCAUAGGGCUUCUAGACAUCUAUGGCUUUGAGGUCCUAGAGCACAACAGUUUCGAGCAGUUCUGCAUCAACUACUGCAGUGAGAAGCUCCAGCAGCUCUUUAUCGAGCUCACUCUCAGAUCUGAGCAAGAGGAAUACACAACAGAGGGGAUAGCAUGGGAGAUGGUGCCAUACUUUGACAACAAGAUCAUUUGUGACCUGAUAGAGGAGAAGCACAAGGGUAUCAUCUCCAUUUUGAACGAAGAGUGCCUGAGACCCGGAGAGACGAGUGAUGCCUCAUUUUUAGAGAAAUUGGAGGACACACUUGGCAACCAUCCCCAUUUUGUCACUCAUAAGCUGGCAAAUGGGAAAACUCGGAAGGUAAUGAGUAGAGAGGAGUUCAGGCUGCUGCACUAUGCUGGGGAAGUCAACUACAAUGUCAACGGUUUCCUCGACAAGAACAAUGACUCUAUGAACAGGAACCUAAAAGAGGUCAUGUGCCAGUCAGACAACCAGAUCAUAAGUCGCUGCUUCUCCAGAGAGGAAGUGACGGACCAGAAACGCCCACAGAUGGCUGCCACUCACUUUAAAAACAGCCUGUUGAAACUCAUGGAGAUCCUCAUGACCAAAGAGCCAUCAUAUGUGCGCUGUAUUAAACCUAAUGACGCCAAGCAGCCAGGGCACUUUGAUGAAGUUCUUGUCAGACAUCAGGUGAGGUACCUAGGCCUGAUGGAAAACCUGAGGGUUAGAAGAGCUGGCUUUGCCUACAGACGCAGCUUUGAAGCCUUCCUGCAAAGGUACAAGCCUCUGUGUCCUGAGACGUGGCCCAACUGGGAUGGUAGGCUUGAAGAUGGUGUGGCCACACUGGUAAACUACCUGGGCUACCAACCAGAGGAGUACAAACUUGGCAGGUCCAAAAUAUUCAUCCAUUUGCCCAAAACUCUUUUUCUAACUGAAGAUGCACUUCAAGCCAAAAAACCAGAGAUAGCUUUGACCCUGCAGACAUCGUGGAGAGGCUACAGAGAGAGAGCCAAAUACAAACGCAUCAGACAUGCAAUCAUAGUGAUUCAGUCUGCGUGGCGAGGGAUGAAAGGACGCCGGAGGGCAAGGAGGCGCAGACAGGCUGCUGAGUUGAUACGCAGGUUCAUAAAAGGCUUCAUCUAUCGUCAUGAGGACUACUGCCCGGAAAAUGAAUACUUCCUGGAUCAUGUGCGCUACUCCUUCCUCAUUAAGCUUAGCAAAAACCUACCCACAAGUGUUUUGGACAAAAGCUGGCUGGCAUCUCCUCCCUCUGUGACUGAGGCUUCAGAGCACCUCUGGAAACUGCACAUGCAAAACAUGGUCACGAAGUAUUGCAACAGGAUCCAGCCCGAAUGGAAAAAUCAAAUGACGCAAAAGGUGGUUGCCAGUGAGAUCUUCAAGGAUCAGAAAGACAACUAUCCUCAGAGCGUUGGCAGGCUGUUUUUGGACACCAGGAUUGAACGUGAUCAGAUCAAUCUCAAAGUUCUCCAAACACUCGGCAGUGACAAAGUGCAGUAUGGCGCCCCAGUCACAAAGUACGACAGAAGAGGUUUCAAGCCUCGACCUCGGCAGCUGCUGCUCUCUAACACCUUUGCUGUGCUGGUUGACAAGACCAAGAUCAAGCAGAAGAUCGACUACGCUUCUCUCGGAGGUAUCUCUGUGAGCUCUCUCAGUGAUGGAAUGGUCGUUCUGCACAUGCCCACUGAGGACAACAAGCAAAAGGGUGAUGUGCUGCUGCACUGCAACCAUGUGAUAGAGCUAGUGACAAAACUAGCCCUUAUAGCCCGCAUGUUAAACUAUAUCAACAUCAAGCCUGGCAGUAUUAGGUAUGCAGGGGCUCGAGGCACCGAGGGAAUUGUAGAUUUCGUCAGGGGCUCAGAGCUGAAGGUGGCCAAAGGCAAAAGAGGACAUCUGUUAGUGACUGCUCCUCGGAUCAACACCACAUGAAGAAGCACAAUUCAACCAAAUGUUAACUAACACUUUUUGCUUACUGAAGGGUUAAGCUUUACUGUCACCACAAAUGCAGCAUGUGUAUUGUAAAACCCUCAUACACUCAUACCAUAUUUCCUCAUAUAGUGACCAGGGGUUUACCGUGUGUCUAUUUGAGAUGGGGCAAUUUAAAAAGGGGAGACCAAUAUAUAGUAUUUUGUUAAUAUUGAAAUGUUUUUUACAAAUUCGAUAUCAUCAAACAUCAAGGAUUCAAAUAAUCUCAGCAAUUGCGACAGCGCUCUUCCUAAUGUCACAAGAUAGAGCCGCCAGUGCUAAUAAAUGGGGGAGCCUAGAAGAAUAACACAUGCUCCCAUUUCAGAGUUUUCCAAAAGUCUCCACUAUAUUUGUUGAUAAAAACUAAUGAUUCUUCCCAGUGAAGCCUCCCACUCUCCGGCUUGAGCGUUAUAAUGGGUUCAUGAGCAAGGGCGAACACGCAGCGCCAAAUAUUUUUGCCACAACCAAUCAUGUAAAAGUAACUCACUAGCUUUCUUCAGAUCACCCUUCUGCAAGGAAAAAUGCACUUAUUUUGCCCGUCAUCUAUAAUCCUUAUGUGAGACAAGAACACACAUGUCUUUCCUUUUUCUGUGAGUUCUAAGUCAUUAAAAACUGCUAAUACAAGGCGGCUAAGAAUACGGAUAAUUGGAAUUAAUCGUUUCCAAAAGGCCAACAACGCUCCAUUUACAUGCUGUGACCUGCAUAUUAACCAAGCUGCCGCGACAUUAUUGUAAGAGAUAACACAGAGGAACUACUUUUGUAGUGUCGCGACAAAUCUCCUUGCUCACACUGCUCCUCUGACCACGAGCAAGUAGCCAGCUAUUACCUAAUACCUAGCUUGAGCUGCUAAGAGCGUUAGUUGCGACCCGCGACCUGCUGCUCUACUGCUUUUGAGUUAGUAAAAUGUAAUGCAUGAUUACAAAUCAUGCAUCUCACCUGUAUAGUAGAAGAAGGUUGUGGCACCAAGCUGGGAAGUUGGUCAACUUUGAAAAUCCACACGCUACUAACUUGAUACUAUGUGGUCCUAAACUUAAAUCUCAACAAACGGAACACAGCAUAAGACCAACGCAACAUUACUAGGAAGCAAUUUUUAUCCGAGGGGUGAGGAUUAUUCUGAAUUAAGUAUCUCAAGGUUAACGUAAGUGCUGAAAAAUACAACCAUUCCAUUAGUCGGCAUCCCAGUGAGAGCGAACAUUGUAAGUCACUGUUUUAUGUUCUUAUUUGAAACGUUUAGCAAUAGUGUUGCAAGGGCUGCAUGAUUUAGGCCAAAAAUAAAAUCACAUCUUUUUUCUCUGAAAACUCGAUUUUCUAUAACGAUUUAAAUGUUUUGGUAAAAACUACAAAGGACAACAGAAGUUGUUGCUGAAAUCAUCAUCUUAUUUCAAAUGAAACUGUCUAAUACAAUGUUAUACAUACUGUAUAUCUAAAUACAAAUAUUGGUGUCUUUAUUAGUUUUUAAUAUUAACAUUUUAGCUUUUCCACAUUACACUACGCCUUUUUGCUGGGGUUUCAAUUGUAUUUCUACAAUGUGCUGCCAGUCCAUAAAAACACUGUUUCCCACAAAUGGUCCAAGAGCCACAUAAUUGGUUUAAUUAUUUCACCAAGAGGGCAAAGUGUUGCCAAAUAACAGAAUGGCGUCUCCAAGCUGCGUGUUCAAGUUCUUGGCACUCAUGGAAGUGAUUUGCUUCUAGCAGGUUUUCUGUGUGGUGGUACUUGUAGAGUAACUGCAUUACCCAGAAGUCUUUGCAGUAGAGUGUAACCGGAAGUGUGGACAAAAGUACUAGUACAAAUACGAGCAAGGAGCAAGUACGAAUAUCCUGGAGAUCUGAAAAUAAGUUCAUAUUUUACUUAAAGCUGUUGCCUUUGCGUUACUGACUGAAACAAGCAAAAAACUUAACUUUCUGCAUGCCUCGCAACAUAUUUGUAUGCACACUCUCUAGGCUUGUGGAGGUGGAUCUCCGCUGACGCGGAAAAUACUUCACCUUUGAUGACCACUUUCAUUUGAUUACCAAAUAAAUGCACGACGCAAGACACACUUCUCUCUUUUACUUUAUUUCAUCCAUCCAUCUACAGUAUGUUGUACCGCAUGUUGUAAAUGUUACAUUUGCAAAAUUGACGCCACAGAUUCUUCUGCUGCAUCUUCUCUGGCAAGGCAGGUGUGUAUGAGGUGUGUUUUGAGGUGGAUUUACAAUACAUUUGCCAUACUUCCAUAAAUUGUUUAUGAUUGAGGGCGAAUUUGGAAGCACCAGUGAGUUUAUGUGUGCCCACAAAUAAAUAAAACACUGACGUGUGUGUGUGUGUGUGUGUGUGUGUGUGUGUGUGUGUGUGUGUGUGCGCGCACACUGCAAAAAAGAGCUGACAAAAACUGAGAAAAAAAGACUAGAUUUUAGGGAAAGAAAAUACUAAAACCUAGUGAAAUUAUCCGUCAAUGCAGCUAGUUAAUUUUACUUAUUAAGACUUACUAAAUUAAGAUUUGUAUAUCAGAAAACUAGCAGGAUUUUUAGGAUAUAAAUAGGCAUUUUAUUCUGAAAACAAGCAUUAUUCAACCUGUAAUUCCUAAAUUAAACAUCCUCGGGAUGUUGUUAAACCUUUAAACGAGAUUUUCUGUGUCUGGAAAACCAUAAUAUCUUAUUUGAAUAGUUGUUUUCUCAAUUUUAAAAUGUUUAGACCAGAAUAGAAAAAAUAUAAUUAUUCAUGUUAAAAUCAAGAUUAUGAUGUUACAUGACUAAAAAUAGGUAAAUAACUCUUAAAUCUAGAGAUAUCUAUUAAAAUACAAUUUUGAAUCUUAGCAAGUGGCAAAUAAUUUGCAUUGUGCAUAUGUGAGUGGUGUGUAUGUGUGUGUGCGUGUGUGGGUGAAGCGUGCUCUUGCAGGGAGAAGGAGCCUCACUUGGAGGAGCAAAACAUGAUAGAGAGGAACUUUGAUUUCAACCAUUUUUUUUGUUAUUUAACAAUGUCAUAAUUAUUUUUGUGGAUUACGAUGCGUGGGUUCCCUCCGGGUACUCCGGCUUCCUUCCACCUCUAAAAACAUGCACCUGGGGAUAGGUUGAUUGGCAACACUAAAUUGGCCCUAGUGUGUGAAUGUUGUCUAUCUGUUUUGGCCCUGCGAUGAGGUGGCGACUUGUCCAGGGUGUACCCCGCCUUCCACCCGAAUGCAGCUGAGAUAGGCUCCAGGAUCCCCCGCAACAUGCUUGCCAACCUUGAGACCUCCGAAUUCUGGAGAGGAGGGGGGGUUUGGUGGUAGCAGGGGUGUAUAGUGUAGCCAGGAAGAGUUAGGGCUGCUAGGGAUUCUGGGUUUUCGGUCUGUUGUGUUUAUGUUGUGUUACGGUGCGGAUGUUCUCCCGAAAUGUGUUUGUCAUUCUUGUUUGGUGUGGGUUCACAGUGUGGCGCAUAUUAGUAAGAGUGUUAAAGUUGUUUAUACGGCCACCCUUAGUGUGACCUGUAUGGCUAUUGAUCAAGUAUAUCUUGCAGUCACUCACGUGUGUCUGUAGAAGCCGCAUACAACAUGUGACUGGGCCGGCACACUGUUUAUAUGGAGAAAAAGCGUACGCCAGACAGGUUGUAGAGGACGCUAAAGGCAGGGCCAUCACGGCACGCCUUCAAUAUUGUUGUCCGGGUGAAAAUCAGGAGAAAUUCAGGAGAAUGGUUGCCCCGGGAGAUUUUCGGGAGGGGCACUGAAAUUCGGGAGUCUCCCAGAAAAAUCGGGAGGGUUGGCAAGUAUGACCCGCAACCCCAAAAGGGACAAGCUGUAGAAAAUGGAUGGAUGGAUGAUUAAAACCAAAUAAUCAUGCAGUUUUAAGUGUAACAUGAUAAUGCUCCUAGGCUUGCAUGAAGUCUGCCAUUAGUUGUAGCAAACACAGAAAGUGCUUUCCAUGUUCUUGUUGUUGACGGAAGUAGCGUUCGUUGCUAUGCACUCUGUGAACUUACACAGGGAAAUAAAUUAUCGUAAUGCUUUUAAUGAUCAAAAUACUGUAAAUAUGACAUGUUAUUCUGAAUGUUGCCACAUUACAUACUGUACAUACUUACAAGAUGUACCGGUAUCUAAAACGGUGUUGGAGGUUUUUUAGAGCGCUUUAUAGGCGGAGUACUGUAGAUCAGUGGUUCUCAAACUUUUUUCACCAAGUACCACCUCAGAAAAAAAUGUGGUUCUCCAAGUACCACCAUAAUAACCAACAUUAAAAUAAAGUAGCAAAGUAGUAGGAGUAUUCAUUAAGUAAGUAUAGUAUGUGUAUUAGGUAUGUUUAAUAUUUUGGCCACUGCAACACCACACACAGUUUGAACAGUAACACAGUUCUUUAAUCAGUCACUUCUGUAGAUCGUAUCACCAUUACCUGCAUCGUACUAGCAGUUUUUUACUAUUUAAAAUGCACAGAAAAGGAUUGUGGAUAAUGGGCAAAAUACCUAAAAAAGUGCAGUUUCACUUUAAAUGUUUACUUGCUUUUUCUUUUUUAGUACCAUUAUACAGUUUAGCUUUACAAAUGCCACUUGUGCUCUGCAGGUGGUAAAAGUAAGUAUAUCGUGACUGCGUCAGUUGUAUGUUGGGGUACACGAUUAUUUGAGGCGUCUGUAGGAGUGAAGGCCACUAUUUGAGGAAAUUACAUAAUUGUGUUUAGAAUAAUACAUGAAGUCAUCAGAUGUUUUAUCUUUUUAUUGACAGCCUUAUACAAACAUAUGUUUACUCUAUAAAAUAAUAAAUAUGCAAAACACUAUCUCUGUGUCUCUGUAAGAGAAAUAAAACAACCGUUAUACAAGUCAAGGUAAUAAAUAAGUCAAAUAAAUAGCAUUAAUCUAUAUUUGGAAAGUCCAGUGGAUUAAGGAUUUGACAAACAAAACAGGAUGUUGUUAUGUUUUGUGUUGUGGGAUUUUAGGCAAGACAGAAACUGUGGGAAAUACCCAGAAAAGCCCUUUGAGUUGUGUCUGACAAACCGACUUCAAUGAUGUAAGGCCACUAUGUUCCUCCAAAGCUCAUGUUUUUGUCCAGUGUUACUAUUUUUUAAAAGCCAGAAUGAGGAAGUCACGGGCCAGCCUUGUGAGGUAACGGUCAAAAUCCCGUAGAAUGAUGUAACCUUCCACUCGGCUUUCCCACAUAGUUUUAGAGGCGUGGCUCGAAGGCGACCGAGAGGUGGGAAAAGUGACUUUCCUGCCCUUAAUGUGGCUCAUCUAGAACAGUAAGCAAAAUGUCAGCAUUUUCUUUGCAUGUGCACAAUGUGAAAGAGAACAAAGAUUUGUGGGAGCGUACCUGACUGCUGAUUUGUCUCAUCAGGUCCCUUAAGUCCAGCUCAAUGUGUUUGAUGCUCUCACAUAAAGUGCUGUGGACCCCUUUAUCUUUGUCAUUCGUUUCCAGACUUUUCCUCUUCCACUCCAGCAUAUUCCUGUAGGUUUGGAUGUCUGACAGAGCGGCAUGUAGUCGUUCCCAAUCCUGGAUGCACAACAAAAUGUAAGAAGUCUAAUAAAGGUAACUUAUUUUUUCUUUUAAAUAAUGUCACUGACCGUAAGCUGUAGCCAGCUGUUGAAGUCUAUAGAAAGCACAGGUAGCUCCUCUAAAUACCCACCUCUGUCCUCAAAGUGCUUGUUUCCUAACUGCUGCUCCUUCUGAUGAAGACAAUCAAAAAUCCACAGUUAAAGCUGAGCAGGCACAAGGCGGCGAUUUGUUGGAAGUGUUCACCACUUACAUAUUUAUUCAGCAGCUGCUGGACACGGCUUCGGGUAGACCUUGCGAGGAGGAAGGCGUCGCUGUAUUUUGCCUGGUGGAGGCCGAAGGAUGGAUCUGAUGACUCGGCACAGUUCCACAUGCAGCAAAGAAUAACAAGCGCGCAGCACCAAAGAGUCUUCAUCUGCAAAUAAAACGGUCUGCUUCUUCCUCCUCUGCGGGAGCACUUGGAGGAUCCGCUGACAGCGCGCUCGGACACGCCCCUGCUCGUGCUGAGCGCAGCACGCACACGAAGCUACAAGCCUGCAGACGAUUGGCAAUCUACACACCUGGAAUUGAUGAGGGCGAGCUGCUUAAAGGACCAGUGGACCCAGGGAUCCUUGCGGGAACUUAGUUUCUCUAUGGUGAACCUGUUUUCCUUCUGUUGCCUUGGUUUCGAGCUGUGCGUCUCGCUCCCUUGGACUUUCCCCCACCUGGAUCUCGACUGCCUUCCCGUUCCUCGACUCCUCGCUCGACCCUGGACUCUGACGCCUCUCUCUCGCCCCGGAUCACCUGCCUGCCCCAUGGACUGCCUCGUUCGCUCUCGCCAACACUUGGUAACACACACUUCCGCUAACUACACACAUAGUCUUACACCACACACUCUUGUAUUUUGGUCACACACUCCAUUCUUUAGUUUAGUAGUAUUGUUUGUUAUUAUUAUAUAUACAUUGACUAUAUAUAUAUAACAAAUGUAUGAACAUUACUGCCUUCUGGUGUCUGAGCCGUCACCUACCCUUAGUAAACCCAUCCAUCCAUCCAUUUUCUACCGCUUAUUCCCUUCGGGGUCGCGGGGGGCGCUGGAGCCUAUCUCAGCUACAAUCGGGCGGAAGGCGGGGUACACCCUGGACAAGUCGCCACCUCAUCGCAGGGCCAACACAGAUAGACAGACAACAUUCACACUCACAUUCACACACUAUGGCCAAUUUAGUGUUGCCAAUCAACCUAUCCCCAGGUGCAUGUCUUUGGAGGUGGGAGGAAGCCGGAGUACCCGGAGGGAACCCAUGCAGUCACGGGGAGAACAUGCAAACUCCACACAGAAAGGUCCCGAGCCCGGGAUUGAACUCAGGGCUAGUCUGGACCUUCGUAUUGUGAGGCAGAUGCACUAACCCCUCUGCCACCGUGCUGACUCCCCUUAGUAAACCCAUCCAUCCAUCCAUCUUCUUCCGCUUAUCCGAGGUCGGGUUGCGGGGGCAGCAGCCUAAGCAGGGAAGCCCAGACUUCCCUCUCCCCAGCCACUUCGUCCAGCUCCUCCCGGGGGAUCCCGAGGCGUUCCCAGGCCAGCCGGGAGACAUAGUCUUCCCAAC